GGACGUGCAGCAGACAGCCGGUAGAAGAGGUCAUCAUCACCGUGUUCUCCACAGGACUUGAGACAGACGGCCGUUUCCCGUCUGUGCCUGACAACCAGGCUGUCUCCACACUUUUUAAAGCACCAUGAACAGGCCACUCGUGCCGCUGACCUUCUGGUAACAUUUCUGAAAAUGCUCAAUGCGUGUUACUCUGUGCUAGAAGAUGGCGGAGUCGGAUGGCGGGGAUUUUGCUUCGAAACAUCCACAGAACAGUAUGGCUAACAAGAAUAGCACCCUCCGCUGUACAUUCUCCGCCCCAAGCCACAGUGCCACUCUCCUCCAGGGCUUGUCCAUCUUGCGGGCUCAAGGCCAACUACUUGACGUUGUGCUGGCCAUCAAUGAGGAGCGCUUCCAGGUCCACAAAGCUGUGCUGGCCGCCUGUAGUGAUUACUUCAGAGCAAUGUUUACCGGAGGCAUGAGGGAGUCAAAUCAAGACACCAUCGAGCUGAAGGGUCUGUCCGCCCGUGGGCUCAAACAUAUCAUUGACUUUGCCUACAGUGCAGAAGUCACUUUAGACCUGGACUGUAUUCAGGAUGUCCUCGGGGCAGCUGUGUUCCUCCAGAUGGUCCCGGUCGUGGAGCUCUGCGAGGAGUUCCUCAAGUCAGCAAUGAGCGUGGAGACCUGCCUGCACAUCGGCCAGAUGGCCACCACCUUCAGCCUGUCUUCCCUCAAAGAGUCGGUGGACGCCUUCACCUUCCGCCACUUCCUCCAGAUCGCAGAGGAGGAGGACUUCCUGCACAUUCCCAUGGAGCGCCUCGUCUUCUUCCUGCAGAGCAACAAACUGAAGAACUGUAGCGAAAUCGACCUCUUCCACGCCGCCAUCAGGUGGCUCCAGUAUGACGAGUGUCGCCGGGCUCAAGCCAGCAGCGUCCUCUGCCAUGUGCGCUUCCCACUCAUGCGCUCCUCUGAGCUGGUGGACAGCGUUCAGACAGUGGACAUCAUGGUGGAGGACGUACUGUGCCGCCAGUACCUCCUUGAGGCCUUCAAUUACCAGAUUCUUCCUUUCCGACAGCACGAGAUGCAGUCUUCACGGACCAUCAUACGGUCUGACGUUUAUUCAGUCAUCACUUUUGGUGGGACACCCUACACUGACAACGACCGCACAGUGAGCACCAAGGUGUACCAUCUCCCCGACACGGCUUCCCGCCAGUUCAAAGAACUGACAGAGAUGGAGACGGGGUGCAGCCACGCUUGUGUUGCCGUGCUUGAUAACUUUGUGUACGUCGUUGGUGGACAGCACUUACAGUACCGCAGCGGCGAGGGGGCAGUAGACAGCUGUUACCGCUACGACCCGCAUCUGAGCCAGUGGUUGCGCAUUCAGGCUUUGCAGGAGGCUCGCAUCCAGUUUCAGCUCAAUGUGCUGCAUGGACAGCUGUACGCCACUGGAGGGCGCAAUCGAUCUGGCAGUCUGUCAUCUGUAGAGUGUUACUGCCCAAAGAAGAACGAGUGGACUAAUGUGGAGCCAUUAAAACGCAGGAUUUGGGGUCAUGCAGGGACUCCCUGUGGGGAGAAGCUGUACAUCUCAGGGGGUUACGGCGUCUCGUUGGACGACAAGAAGACUCUUCACUGCUACGACCCAGCGUCAGACCAGUGGGACUUCAGAGCUCCCAUGAAUGAACCCAGAGUGUUGCAUGCCAUGAUCAGCACCAAGGAUCGGGUUUAUGCUCUGGGCGGUCGAAUGGACCACGUGGACCGCUGUUUCGAUGUGCUUGCGGUCGAGUAUUACAUUCCAGAGAAUGACCAGUGGACCACCGUCAGUCCCAUGAGAGCAGGGCAGUCUGAGGCAGGCUGCUGUUUACUGGACAACAAGAUCUACAUCGUCGGGGGCUACAACUGGCAUCUGAACAAUGUCACAAGCAUCGUGCAGGUGUACAACACAGAGACAGAUGAGUGGGAGAGAGAUUUGCACUUCCCAGAAUCCUUUGCUGGCAUCGCUUGUACACCGAUUAUUCUUCCACAAAAUACUACACAACGCUAACCAUCUGACCUGUGACUGUGAAGAUUUUAUUCCAUGUGCUCUUUCUGCCGACCAUUGAGUCAACACAAGGUGUGAACAUUAUGUAAGCUGCUGGUAUGUGUGUGUGUAUGUGUGUGUGUGUGUGUGUGUGUGUGUGUGUUCUCUCAUUUGAGGUAAUGACCUGAAAAGCUACUGAGCAGGAUUACUUGGAUCUGUGUGUCAUUUUCUGUCGAUGUCUCUCUUUUUUUUGGCCCAAAUGUGUUUAAUCAACAGGCAAACCUUCACUUAUAGAGCUGUUUUUUUAAUUUUAAAUUUGUUUUAUGUUAAAACUCUGAAGAAUCUCUAUUGUUGAGACACGUUUAUGAAACCCAUCUAGGCUUUUGAAUGACAAUUUGAAAGGACAAUUUUGAUGCGUUCCACGGUGGAGGCCCCAAGUUGAUUUUCAGAGUAAUUUUGUAAUUAUUAGAUUGGUAUAUUAUCUCCAAUUAAAUUGCGCAUUACCUAAAUUUAUAACACCUCUUAUCUGAAAAAUACUUGUAAUUCAGUCUGUAAAAGUUAUAGUUUUACCAAUCAAGGGCUGAAGUUACAAACAGCACAAUUUUGAAUCAAAGUCUCAAGUUGUAUUUAUUUUUUGCAUCUAAUAUUAGACAUUUUGAUUGUACAGUCUUGAAUGUUUUAUUAUUUGUUUGCUUCUUUUUACCCUGUAAUAUUUUGCUUUGUUACAGUUUUAUUACUCAAACACUAACAACAACUGACUGUUGUAUGUCUCCACAAAUGAACUAAUCACCAAACAACACUGCACAGUAAAGAUUGCACAAAUGAGCACAAGUAGUGUUUAUGUUCAACUAGGUAUCAAUUGUUUCAUUUGGGUGUUGGUUUGUUUUGUGUUGUUUAUGUCCUGAGCUGAUACCCCCACUGACACACUAAUUGUUCUCUCAGUCAACAUAACAAACCAGUUUAGACCUCUUAAGGCAGCUACAUAAAUCAUUCAUGUGUGUGUGCCAGUUGUAAUGUCAGUGUGAGCUGCUUUUAAUGUUUAACAAGUGCUACAUCUGUGUGCCACACGUUAUUGUCCCUUGACCUACAGUAGGGGAGACACAGUUGAUGUUAAGUGAUGCAGAUUUAAUGUUGAAACUAUUUGCAAAAAAUCUCCCCAGAAAAGGAGUUAAAGGGACAGUUCAUACCAAAAUCCAAAUACAUAUUUUCCUCUUACCUGCAGUGCUGUUAGUCAUUCUAGAUAGUUUUGGUGUGAGUUGCUGAGUGUUGCAGAUAGAUGUCAUCCGGCUUGUGGUGCUCAAAGUGCCAAAAAACACAUUGGAAAACUCAGCAAAAAUGUCUCUUUCUAGAAAGCAUGAGUUACUCAAGAUAAUCUACUGACGUUGUUGUGAGCAGUUUCAUGUAGGAACUGUUUUCUUUCUACCGAACUACACCCGCCAACUGUAUCACAGUGCAGAGAAAAUCGUGUGUCUGCUUAUGGGCCAUGCAUGUGACUGCAAGAUUUAAACCCUGCGUAAUGUUACAGCUCAGCCGAGAUGGAUGCCAUUAAUGUUUGCAUCUUGCGUUGUCAAGAGCACCAGCCUCUUGUCCAUGAGUAGAUGUGCUUCUUUCUGCACAGUGAUACAGUUGGCACAUGCAGUUCUGUAGAAAGGAAGUAGUUCUGUCUGUGGAUUAUCUUGAGUAACCAGGUCUUGAUUUCUGGAAAGAGACAUCAUUGAUGAGCUUUUCAAACCACAAGCUGAGUGCCAUCUAGUUCCAUUAUAUUGGAGAAAAGGCAGAUAUCUCCACGGCCGAUAUCUCCAACACUCAGCAACUCACACCAGAACAAUGUAAUUCUAUAAAUAGCUCUGCAGAUAAGAGGGAAAAUCUGUAUUUUUAUUUUGGGGUGAGCUGUCCCUUUAAACUAUCCAUUUACCAUAUUUGAUACUGGCUUGUAUUUUGACUGUUGAAAGCAGCAUUUAUCAGACGUCUGAUUCUGCUGUUGAAGUUAUCGAUGUACUUUAUGUGUGUAAGGAAGACGCAAGCUUAAAGUCCUUGUUUUCCCUUUUAAAUGCGAUCAUCUACAUGAUGGUGACGAGCGUCCAUUUUAAAAUCUGUCUCUCCUGUUGCCUUAGUGUGUAUUUGUCUUGUGUUACCUGUACCAGUAAAAGCACAUGAUAUCCUUGAAGUGCAAUAUAGAGGAAACCACUGUUGUCAAAGGGGAAUGUAGACGUUUGUGAAGCUUUAUGUGCAUCCUUUAUUAAAG